CCAUCAGCUUAACGCUGCCUCGCUACAUGGAAAAUUGCAUACAAUAAUUGUUCGAUUUGUAUACAUGUCAUAAGCAACGCCAAGAAAACUUUAAUUCCAUCAAAUUCUGAAGGACAAGAGGAAUUCAUCAACUCUUCGAGGUUAUUCUCCAUCACUGGAUGUCCGUGAGAACAACAAAUACAUAUAACCCUCAAGACAAUAAUAUAUCAUGAUUAAUGACUGCUGGGAACAAACCAACAGCCAACAGCAAACAAUACCAAAAAACUUCAAUCUAGAGGAAUGAAGAAUAAUAUCGAGAGUUUUUUCCAUAUCAUUCGAUGGAUCCAUCUUGGUGAAACCUAGCUACAAAUCUCAUAAAAAAUGUACACGAGUGAUCAGUCGCAACCUGGAGGUAACAGUCGUGGUAAAAGUACGGCUCUGCCUAAUACACCAAACGAGAAGUCAGAACUCCCAAAACUCCGUAAAAAUCGAAGACAUGAGCUCAGAUGGGGCCCUCAAUAUUUCACUGCAAUAAAGGAUAUUGUUUUCACUAUUGAUCCAAAACCAUACGUAGCUCCAGAGAUUCCAAAGGAAUUGAGAAUUCCGAAUGAGCCUGAGCAUUCACUUCACACGUGUAAAUACUGCAAUGACUCAUAUCGUUUCAAAUCGAGUCUAGAUGAGCAUGAGAACCGAAAGGUCUUCGUUCUGGGCUACUGGUGCAUUCACUGCUUCAGCGUUAAUUGCACUCACACGAAGGAAGACAGAUCGAUGUGUCUUCUCUGUCAAAAUAUUGAGAACAAGAAUCGUGCACGUUUGAAUAGACGAGGCCUCAAGCGAGGUCAAAGGAUGGGUUCAGUAAAAAUAUUCUACAAUCAGUGUCAACUGUUUGCACACCUCAAGCUUCACGAUGUGUAUACUGUAGACAUGGCUUAUCUCAUGCUGAUGCCAAUGCCCUCGGACGUUGAGAAAACAGAGUGGGCACAUCUACACGAUGCCUGCAAAGCCCUCAUGGAGUAUGCCUUUGUCAAGCAGAAGCACGUACUGGACAUACUCAGGGCUGGAAACCACACGGGAAAGUGGUGGAUGUCAGAGCCAUCUGAUUCAUCGCUCAUCGGUGAAUUAAUGAAGAAAUAUCUCAUUGAUUCGUGUGAUGAAUGGAAAGAGGCUUCUGAUAACUCCAGUGAUGGAACUCCAAUGCCUAGAGAAGAUUCACCCAUCCCCACGGACAUAACUUUCGUCGAUUGUGGCCCAACGCCCUCAGUCUAUAUGCCUGUACAAACAAAAACAAAUGCAACCACUACAGUGGGACAAAUUUCUCUUCUCAAAUCACCACCUGCAAUAUUCUCUCAAGUACCAUCUCUCGAUACACUCAAGAAGAAGAUUAGUGUUCCACGAUUAAAUCGAAGGGAAAGACAAUCAAGUAAACAACAACAGGUUGGCAAAAAGGCAGUGAUUAAGAAAGGUGGUAUUACUUCAACUCUCGAGCGAGGAACAGCUCAUCUCGUCGAGAAGUGUCCACCAUCGAUUGCAGGAAAAUCAGGUAUGAGAAAAACUGUUGCGACACCUAGUAUUUCAGCCCCAGUACUCUUACAUGUCUCAAAUUCCCCCGAGAAUUUGAGCAAUAUUUCUGGUGGUGGAAAACUCGUGAUACAAAAUGGUAGAAAAUACAUAAUCCGGCAAAUUCCAAGUGCCAACUUCGUAGCAUCUAAUGAGGGUAAAGUAAGGGGAAAGGUGAUUGAUAAUACUGGGGGUGCUCAGAAUCCACCUUCCAAUUACCAACAAGCGAGGAUACCGCAAUUACUCUCACCCGCUUUGAAGAAUAGAAAGAUUCAUCUCCCCAGAAAUUGUCUGGCCUCCGAUUUUGAGAACAAUGCCAAUCUGCACUGUUUAGAUAAUGGACCCAAGGGUAUGGAAAUACUCCUCAGGAAAUAUCGUCUGGAUAUGCGAAAGAAACUAUUAACUUAUCCGAAGCAAAAGAUUCAAACGAUAAUUAAGAAUGUAUCGGAAUUCUGCAGUGAAUUUACCAAGUCAGGUUGUGUCGAUUCGUCGGCCAUUUUGAAAAGAAAUCUAGCGACAUUAAAGUCGCUGACAGGUUAUCUGGAGACAGCAGAAGAAGAUAAAGUGCUGGCAGUCGAAAUGAAAAUAAACCAAGAGUUCAAGAAUAAAUUGACCACUUGGGAGUACCAGAAGAAUUGCGUUGUCUGUCUAGAGUGCAAGAAGAAAAGAAAGCCCAAGGAAUACCUGCCGGGAAUAUCCAAGGUCACAGUACAAGAGGAGGACUAUUGUCUAUGUGCCAAUUUUAUUUGUCAUCUCUGCAAGGCUAAACAAGGAAGUGAGAAUCAGUUUAAGGAGCAUUUAAAAUUUCACAACAAUCAGUCCCCGUACACGUGCCCCGAGUGCUUUUCUCAUUUCAGUAAUAUGCAAAAUUUGGAAAUUCACAUUUGGACGAAGUGCUUUCAUUUAAACACUCAGGUGAUUUUCGCUUGCAAAGUCUGUGAAAUGGAGGGCUUUCUCACAAUGGAGGCACUGAGCAGACACUAUUACGAGGUCCAUACAAGAUCGGUAAUUGUUUGUCCCGAAUGUCCCACUGCCUCGUCCUCUUACUACGAGCACGUCUUGCAUUAUUCCAAAGAUCAUACCGGUGGAUCUCAGGAACCUGACGCAUUAAUCAUCUGCGAUUUCGGAGGAUGCUUGGUCUCCCCCCAAAAUUUCAUGCUUCAUCUUGAGAAUCACCGUGAGAUCGGAAGAAUUCAAUAUUACACCUGUCCAUUCUGUGCAUUCUUCAUAAAAAACGUCAGCGGUAAUGAAAAUAUCAUUCAGGAUCACGUGUUUAUGAAUCACCGGGAACGAUUGUGCGAGGUUAUUUCUCCGGAAACUCUCAAUUUUUUUGCACGUCACUUCAAUCUCACAAUAGAAAAUGAAAUGACCAAAUCAGCGACGGCGAAGGGGAAGGAGAUUGUACUCCCUAAAAUCGUAAACUCCUGUUCGAUAGCGGAAACUGCAUUUGAAUCGCAUGAUGAGACGAAAUCUCAACAAAUAGUUUCUUCAACGGUUAUUAAACUGAGUAAAUUAUCGGAUAGUCAAAAAGCGUCAUCGGGAGUGACGAUACCGAAAAUUGUCAAGGUACAGAGUAUGAAUCCAGGUGCUAAUGAAGCUGCCGAUCCUCUCAGCAGUCAAAGCUCGAAUGCAGCUGCCAAUAAGACCGUUGAUGUCUUGAAUAAUCAGAAGUCGUUAAAGAUACAAACACUCCGUGGUGGUAAAUUUGUUAGCAUUCCCGUGAACUAUGUUACGACUAACGUUACUCCUCAACACCGCCCAAUCAUGGUCAAGAUGAAUUUAUUCGAUAAGAACAGCAAUCAAUUGGACGGUAAGAAAAUUUUGUCUCACACAUCAAACUCAGCUAUUUCCGUCCCCACUAAUUCUACGAGUUCUGUGUUAAAUACACUUGAUCACGUGAUUAACCCUACUUGGUCAAACAAUCCGCUAACUGAUCUAAAACAAUCAAACGAAGCGUCUCAAGAUAAUUUCAGCAUUAUACCCGAUGAACCCCGAGCUAAUUUUGAAAUUGAAGAUCUUGUCGAAUCUAGUGUUGAUGAGAGUGAAGGGAAAAUUUUAGAUUCCUCGGAGUUGAUAAGGGAUGCCGACGAAGUUUUGAAACGCAAAGGAAAGCCUAAUAAGCCUUGGAGAAUAGCGCUUGAUGGCUCAGAAGACUCAAACACUCAACCGUUGAACUUUAAAUGCCAUCUGUGUUAUGAGAAUAUCACGACUGCGUAUGAAGUGAUCAAGCAUCAUUUUGCUACCAAACAUUUUCGUGAGUACAAGUUGUGCGAGGUGAGCCCCAGGCUUGAAAAAAUCACUUCCUCUGCUGAGUCUGACACGAAAGUGGAAUGCAAGAAGAGGAAAUCGGAGCCGAGCUCACCUCGAGGUGCGUCGAGAAGGAAGAGAAGAGGUGGCUUGACGAAAUCAGAGGACAAUUCACGAUCUGGAAUUUGUGUUACUCAGGAGAAACUCGAGCAGGUCGAGGGUAAUUUCAAAUGCAAGAAAUGCGAGGAGCUCUUCGAAGAUGUAAAGAAAUUGAGGGAACACUUUGCAGACAGACACAGAAUAAAGGGGCAUUUCCUGGUUUGCCUCGAGUGCGGAGAGAACUUUGUCGUUGCCAACAGUCUGCAGAUGCAUCUCAAAGCAUUCCACGGAAUUAUUGAUACAGUGUCUUAUCUGGCCCAGAAUUCUCUCUAUGCGCCUGACAUUGGUGGCUCUUACGAUGCAAGAACAACCGAGCCCAACCAGUGCUAUGUCUGUAUGGCAGUUUUCGAGGAUAAAUCUGCUGUUGACAAACAUCUGAGAGUUCAUGGAAUGGCUUUUCUAAAUCAUACGCGGACUGAGGCGAGGAAUGCACUCAAGACCGAUAACAGAAAGAGCGACGGUAGUGAUAAGCCGGAGGUGAAAAGAAUUAACAUAGAACAUAAUGGUGAUAAUGAGAGUCACGAUGGGAGUUUUCUAUCAAGGAUAUCUAUGCUACUUUCCUGAUAAUCCUAAAGUAUUACGUAAAUUUGAUUAAUUUUUUCGAGUUUGCCUUGAGUGAAAUCAACGAUUCAGUUAGAUUCGAGGAUAACGUCCUCGAUUAUAACGAACAUUUUUCAUUCGUCUUUUCUCUUGAUUUUAUACAUUGAACUUAUUGAUAAAAAAUGCUGCAAGCCGAUAGACGAUAAACGAUGGAGAACAUGAAUGAUUGCAAAAGAGAUUAGAAGCAAAUUUUGAUUUCUUCUUUUUUUUUUUCAUUUUUUAUUUCUCUACUUGAACGUGAAUCUAAAUUACUGAAAAAAUUCCCAAAGAUUCCGCUGUACAUAUUCAGCACUAAAAAAA